AUGGCUUCGAUAUAUCUUCAUCCGCUUGGAACACCAGUUCGUACCUUGAUACUAUGUUUUAUACUCUGGAAGAUCUCGCUUCUGCUCAUUGCAGCUUGUAGUCCAGGUCCAGGCUAUGACACAUCCACCGGUUUGUUACUGUCGAGUCUGCAUUCGAUUGGAAAAAAGAAGUUACCAUCGGUAGUGCAGUACCUCAUCGGCAAGUUGGUAAGAUGGGAUGCAAUUUACUUCGUACACGCGUCAAAUCGCGGAUAUGUCUAUGAGCAAGAAUGGGCGUUCGGGUGGGGCUUCACCCGCAUCAUAAAAUUCAGCACGAUGGGACUUGAAUACCUUGGGGUACCCCACUGUGAUGGGCUGGAGGGGUUUGUGGGGGUCUUGAUUGCUCACAUCUCCCAUUUGUUUUCGACUCUAGCCCUGCAUAACCUGACCUUAGCACUCUUCCCAUCAAAGAGAUUUGCUUUGGUUACUGCUCUUCUGCACAUCAUAUCACCAGCUGGAAUAUUUCUGUCGGCUCCAUACGCUGAAAGUUCGACUGCGCUAUUGACAUUUUUGGGAGCACUUCUUUUUACGAAAAGUUUUGGGUCUGGAGUGAGCAACAGAACUUUAGGCCACGACCUUCUUGUUCUUAUUUCUGGCGUGCUAUUCGGACUUGCUACUACUUUCAGAAGUAAUGCAUUGCUCAAUGGGCUUCUCCUGCUUGAGGAAGCAUUCAAAAUUCUCUUGAGUCUGAGUAAUGGGUUCAACAUGCCCACCAUUCGUCGCCUCAUUAUUACUGGUUUGGGAGGCGUGUGUGUUGGGAUUGGUUUUCUCACACCACAGUAUAUCGCAUAUCAAGAGUACUGUGGAGCAACGGACAUCACGAAUCCAAGAGUAUGGUGUUCGAAUACCCUGCCAAGUAUAUAUGCUUUUGUGCAGGCUUUUUAUUGGAAUAACGGACCGUUCAAAUAUUGGACAAUCUCAAACGUACCUCUGUUUCUACUUGCAAUGCCUAUGCUCGUAAUCUUGGGAGUAUCUGGCAAUGGGGUAUUACGAGACGCUCACUUCCAACAAACCCCAGUCACCUCGCAGAAAGAAGUCAACCCGCCAAUCAACGGGGUCCGACAAGCCGAUAAAGUCCAGAUCAUCCGGAAUCUAGCGCUCUCACAGUUGAUUCUCACAGUAUACACGUUGACAAGCGGUCAUGUUCAGAUUAUUACAAGGAUCUCAUCAUCUUCUCCUGUAUAUUUAUGGCAUAUUGCGGCUUUGGUUGGGAGAGGAAAGGGUCCAACAGCCACAAUGGUUGGAAGGUUCAUGAUAAUAUAUGCCGGCAUCCAGAGUGGUUUGUUCUCAUCAUUCUUACCUCCUGCAUGA